GAUAGUAGUAUAUAUAGUAUACUCUAAACAAAAGUUGAUUACAGAAGUUUUAUAAUUUAUCUUGUCAUCUUAACUUUAAUAGUUAGCCAUUCACUACUCUCUAGAGGGCAACGAUAACUAAAUCUGAAUCAAAUAUUUAAAAUUGGGGCAAUAAGACACAAGACUUUGGAGAAAUAAACGGAUUAAAGUAAAGAGCGCGAAUGAUGACUAGAAUAAAAAUUAAUAAUUGAUUAAAUACAUAGGGCGGAUACCUUUAGACCGACGAAAGUGAAUAAGCAACGGCUGGAUUCGAAAAGCAAAAACAAAAGCUUAACUAAAAAGAAUAAUAAAUAUGUACAUAGAAACAAAUGAGACCUUAGAGGUGUUCACGAUACACUUUGCGUUACAACCCACCAAUCCACCAUGGUCCGAUUGGACAAUCUCUCCGAUGAAGAUUUUGUAAACUUGGAUUUGUCCGAUGAAGAUAGAGCAAACUUCUAUCAGUGCGAUGAAGAUAGUAAAUACUUCUUUCAGUUCUGUGAAGACGAGGUGAAAGGAGUGAAGCUUCCUGGUCACGACCAUCCUAUGUCUUUUUUCGCUCGUGCGGUCUAUUGCAGUGGCUGCACCGAAAUAAAUGAUAGCGGAGGCUACCAUUGCUCUGACUGCGACAUGUACUUGCACAAAGAAUGUGCUGAGUCCCCUUCGGAGAUUAAUCAUCCUUCCCACACGCGCCACCCCCUCACACUUCUCACGCAUGGAGCACCAGAUGACUCCCACAUCAACUCAUGUCGCUUGUGCGGAGGAAAGUUUAGGAGACUCAUCUACCAUUGUUCCGAAUGUGAAUUCAGCUUGGAUCCAGCAUGCGCCCGGAAUCCACCACCGCUUAUUUUCUUUACUUGCAACGCUUGUGGGAUGGUUGGUGAUCGGUCUCCUUAUGUAUGCCCACAAUGUGAUUUCAUGAUCCAUAAAGAUUGUAGGGCUGUUCGUUUGGUUGCCGCUGCGUCAGCGGCAGCGGCAGCGUCUGCGAAACGAACAACAACUGUUUUCAUUGACGCUGCCGCCGCCGCUGCCGCCGAAACCUGCGGCAACCAAACGAACAGGACUUGUAUCUACUUACCCCGCAUCAUAAACAUCAAUCGUCACCAUCAUCGCGUUUCUCGUACUUAUUUUCUUGGUCUUAGAAAUUGGGUAUGCGGAGUUUGUCGUUUGAAGAUUGAUGGAAAAUACGGGGCUUAUUCUUGCCUGAAAUGUCCUCAGUACGCUGUUCAUUCAAGAUGUGCCACGAGAGAGGAUGUAUGGGAUGGGGAAGAACUAGAAUAUGAACCCGAAGAAGAGAUGGAAGAUGUUGAACCCUUCAAGGUGGUAGGUGAGAAUCUCAUUAAUCAUUUUACUCAUGAAGAACACAAUCUAAGAUUCAAGGAAGGUGGUGGUGGUGAGGAGAGCAUGCGUUGUCGCGCAUGCGUCCUUCCUAUAGAUCUAGAUUCGUUUUACAGUUGUGUUGAUUGUGAUUUUAUCCUCCACGAAGUAUGUGCGAAUCUUCCUAGAAAGAAACGACAUGUCCUGCAUAACACCCCACUUACACUCCAGACACAUAUUCCAUAUCACAAGCUAUACAAGGGUGUUUUUCGGUGCUCUGCCUGCAAGGAGUUCUCUAGCGGAUUCAGCUACAUAGGUUGUGGUAUUCAGUUAGAUGUACGGUGUGGUUCCAUCACUGAGCCCUUUGUUCACCAGGGUCAUCCUCAUCCGUUGUUUUUCACUUUACCAGAUCCAAAGACAUGCCGGUCUUGUGGCAUCUGGCAAUAUAAGGUAUUGAACUGUAUUGAAUGUGAUUUUCCUUUGUGUUUUGGGUGUGCUACUUUGCCAUAUGUGGUUAGAAACCAAAAGCAUGAUAGACAUCCUAUAACGUUAUGCUUUGGUGAAGAGGCGAGUACUGGUCAAUAUUGGUGUGAUAUAUGUGAAACACGAUUGAAUCCCAGCAAAUAUUUCUACACAUGUGAAGAUUGUGCCAGCACUCUCCACGUUCACUGUGUGCAUUUAGAAGGCUUGUUACACGUCAAACCGGGGAACAAAUUAUCAUACUUUGGUUAUGGUUUUGAGAUGGUUCUAGGAAAUCGCAUCAACAGGCCACGUUGCGAAUCCUGCUACGAGCUAUGCGUAGGUUCCUUUCUACUGAGCACUGACUACAAAGAUAUGUACGCAUGUUCUAAAAGUUGUUUGUAUGAAUUUCCCCAAUGUUGAAUUUUCUAGGAUAUAUAAUGCAGUAUUUUAUGUGCCUUUUGAUUAAUCUUUUUGUAUAAUAUAGCUUUCUUUUGAUUUUCGACUUUCACUUCUCGUAAAGCUUUAGUGACCGAAAUGAAUUUUGACAAACGAAUCCUCUGCCAGAAACAUAAAAUGGUUGUUUGAACUUAAACUAGACAAAC